UUGAGCGCGAUGGGACGAUAAAAGUAGCCUUUCUUUAUCAAAUUUAUACCGAGCGGAAGAAACUAAAGGGCUUUUACCAUCUUUGAUCGAUUGUUAAUCAUUUAAUUAGCUUAAUUCCGAUCAUCAAGCUUUUUGGAUCAGUAACCCUAAUUUGAUUUCUGAACCGUCUCUUACGUCUUUGCUUCGCCAGAUAAUUAGCUCGAGAUCGUGCUGAGGUUUACUGGUGGAAGGAGAUCAUUCCUGAACGUAGGUGUGCUUCAAUGGCGGAGCUCUUACGGCUUGAUAGCACUAAAUUGUAUGGAAACAAUAACCAAGGGUGUAUUUGGGGUUUGUUUCAUGUAUUCGACUCCUACCAAAGACGUGAGAACAAGAGGAUGCUUUCAUACCGUAGGCUCGGAGGUCGGCAGUAUGGUAUAGGAACCGAUAUUGUCAUUUCAAAUGAUGAAGCUGGAUCAGGAGAAGACACUAUGACAGAUAAAGGAGCGAUCAACAUACAGGUAGAAGAUAGAGCCAAUAACAUGAAUAAAAGUUCUGGCAAGACACGCAUACUUAAUUUCAUUGGUAAAAAACUGUUGAAGAAGCAAAAACAUAAAGAGAAAAUGCCCAAUUCAUCAACUCAACUAAUGCGCACUAUCUCUGUCCAUCAAUUAGAAAGUAGCGAUAAUGCAACCUCUGGCGAAUUGGGUCAGAUGACUUCCGAUAGUGAGGGUUCAACCAUUGCACUCAGUUUAGAUGAGACUAAUUUUCUGGCAAUGAGUGAGCAUGAAUCAUUAGUAACUAAUGGGCUAUAUGGGUCUGUUGGGGGGAAGCAAGGAGCACAUGAGGCCUGGAAUGCUGCUGGCUUCGAUAUUGGUUCUAUGUCACGCAAGCUUGAUGAACUGGGAAAUCAUUUGCUAGAUGAACACAUAAUUCUUAAGGAAAAAUUAUUUGAGGCAAGGGAUGCCCUUUUAAAGCAGAAAGAUUCAGAUCCUAAGGGCAUGACAGUAGAAUUUUCACUUCUGUCAAAAAUCUUUAUGGAUACAUUACAACUAUUCAAUACCAAUCGAGAAGCUCUUUAUAAUGUAUGUAAAGGUCAAAACUCUUUCGCUGCCAAUGAUAUACAAGCAUUGGUGUCUCCUGCAAAAAAUAGAGCAUCAAACAGGUCUGUUUCACUUGCUGGAUUAGAGUUGUCAAGAAAUGCAGCUGGGAUUCCUAUUCCAAGUCGUAUGCAGAUAGAAUGUGAUGAAUUUAUUAAUCAAGGAUCUAAACCUGACUCAGGGGACUUACCAACUAAAACUUUUGGCAUUAUUCCCAAUCUUGAAGUUGUAUCUAGUUCUAAUGAACCGAGAAAGCAGGGAGAAACUAAAACUGUUUUACGUAGAUUGAGGGAGCUGAAGCAAAGGUUAAAGGGCGUAAUUGUGGAGAGUAAAAAGGAACGCCAUCGAAUCUCUAUGGAUAGGAUUUUGGAUAAAGUUCCUUCUAGAAAAAAGCUACCAGAAAAUGAAGAGGAUGACAAGUCCCAUUUAAAGGACGAAUCUGUCGCAAGAGGUGGUCAAGGAUUCAAAUUCAAUAGAGUGGCACCUGGUUCUUCUAUUGAAAAAAUUUCUCUCAAUGGAAUUCAAAGAUCACGUUCACUUACUGAAUCCUUAGAUAGAUACUCUCAACUGUUGGAUUCUAUUUCAGUCAAUAAAGUGAGGAAAGCACCCGAGAGAUCAAACUCAAUGCAAGAAGGUAGUGGUUUACUGCAUAGAGAACUGCCAAAAACCCAUCGAAGAAUGCCGUCUAAUCCUGAGUUUCUUAGUUCAUUUUCUUUCGUCAAGGAUGUACAAAGUGAAGUAUAUAUUGCAUUUAAAUUAUCAAAGAAGCUAACAUUAGAACCUCUUGAUGGUGAUUUGGCACCAACUGUUGGUGCUUCGGAUAACCUAAAUAAAGAUAUAGUCAUGCAACCCGCAGUCGAAGAAAUUGUUUGUGAACAAGAGCAGCCUUUGGAUUCCAACAUUGUUGCUAAUGCAGUCAAAGCCAACGCAUCAGAUGAAACUGUAACCCCUACUGUAGAAACAAGCAUUACUGAGACAAAAGGGAAUGAAAGACGCCCUGGCUCUGUAAAUGAGUGUAUUCAAAUUGUGCCAUUCCAGUUUUCAAAUAUUUUGGCAGAAAAAAUUGACUUGUUCAAUGAGCAGGAGUCUCAAAUUGAAGAUGAACCGAAUGUCAAACCUGAAAAGACAAGUCCCAUCUCAGUUCUGGACCCGUAUAUUGAAGAGCCUGUUAGUCCUUUGAAAUUUAUUGUCAUGGCAGGUGAGUACUUGAUUUCUCAUAUCUUGUACGUAUGUUCAGAUUGGCAACAAUUACAAGAAAACGUUGAGGACCCACUUCCAUGCCCCAAAGCUUGGAACGAUGUAGACUUCAAUGAGUUUAAUAUUGCAAAAAUGUCUACCACAAGUGGUGAUCAAGCUAAUUCUUCUCAUGCUCAUGUUGACGAAAAAGACUCUGCCAGAUUUAAUUAUGUGAAGCAUAUAUUAAGCAAGUCUAGCUAUGAAGCACUGCUUUGUGAGACAGAAGACUCCUCUAUUGAAGUUGAUGCUGCAAGUCCCAUGCUGUGUGACAUGCCUUUUGAGGAGCAGCUCAUAUACGAUUUGAUAAAUGAGGUGUUGUUUGAAAUUUACGAGUAUUCUACAGUUCAAAGCUCUUGGCUUUCUCGCUUCCAUUCCAAGAUCAGAUCAAUGCCUACUGGAAGUUAUCUACUUGAGGAAGUAUGGGCUGAGAUCAGAUGGCAUCUGUCUUCACCACAGGGGUUGGAUAACAUGGUUGAUAAGAUUUUGGUCCGAAAUUUUACUAGAACUGAUGAUUGGAUGAACCUCUACCGUGAUGCAGAGUGUUUUGGAUUGCUACUGGAGCAACUGAUAUUGGAUGAUUUACUGGAUGAAGUUAUUCUGGAUGUUGAUGAGUUGUGAAGUUUUUGGUGCCUUGAUGCAAUUCUUUUUGUAAAUAGAAUUUUGGUUCAUUCUCUUCCCUUGAGCUUCUGUAUCAGGUAUCAUUUUUGUUUACAGAUUUCAAUCUUGUUUUUUCUUCUUACA